UGGCAUUCUCUGCUCUCAACACUUUGUUUUCGCUUCUACAAGUGAAUGUUCAUGUCAAGCCGCCCUGAGGAUAACGCAGAGAUCAAACUCAUUCUUGUCAAACCCCCAUAAUCCCUAAAUUUAUCGAAACGCUACCAAGAUGCCUAUCGAAGUCACUCGAAUGACGGAAGCGGAUAUAGACGGCGCCAUUGAUACGAUACAACAAGCCUUUGCAGAUGAUCCAUAUAAUAAUUGGGUCUAUCCUGACCGCUCAAAGCUCAACCUCAUACGAAAUCGCGUCUCCCUAACCCUCCGCUGCCACUGGGGCAUAUCCCACGGCCUCUUCCACGUCGCACGCGACUCCUCGAACCCCUCCAAGAUCCUCGGCUGCGCGAUGUGGAUGCCGCCCCAGCCACCGUCCCAACCCGAAUCAUGGUCCCUGUACCUCUCCUAUUGGUGGCUCUGGCUGAACCAAAUCCGGAUGAAUGCCUGGUACGGUCGCGGCGGGCUCAGCAUACAGCGAUAUUGGGUCUGGAAAGCGCGGCAGGCGGAGGCGCAGAAGGAGCUUUGGACAAGCGAUAAGGGGUAUUACUUUUGUAAUAUUGUGACGGUGUUGCCGGAGGCGCAGGGGAAGGGUGUGGGGAGGAAGUUGAUGGAGGAGGUGCUUAGGAUGGCGGAUAAGGAGGGUGUUGGGUGCUAUUUGGAGAGCUCGAGGAAGGUGCCUAAUGUGCCGAUCUAUGAGAAGUUUGGGUUUGAGUUGGCGAGGGAGAUGGAGUGCAAGGACGGUGAUGGAGAAAAAGAUGCAAUAAAGUUGUAUUGCAUGCUGAGGAAGCCCAGGGAGGCUGGAGACUCGCGGUUUGGGAGGGCGUAGUGAAAGCCUGGAGGCAGUCGAUAAGACUGCAGUGACUGUCAGCAAAACGUGAAUGUGUCUUAGAGCUCGUCACAGCGUAUACCUCGAGUCUGCGCUCGUGCGUAAGAAAC